GCAUAAUGAAUUAUUUUAUAUAUAAAAGCUAAGAAAUGCUAUCAAAAAAGUAUAUAAUAGGAAUGCAAGAGUGCAAUAUUUUAUAAAGCAGAUGAAAAAUUACAAUAUUUGUAGCGUUCAAAUAUACUUCUACAUUAAAAAUUACUGUUAAAAUUGUUGGAGGGGGAGCAUAAUGAUGUUAGCGGUUGAGAAAUUUAUUUUUUAACAAAAGCAUUCUGUAAAACCUGUUCUUUAUGUCUUAUGUUUGAUCGAAAUUCCUUCUUUUUCUUUUUGGUGGAAAAACUUUUUUUUUUUUUUUUCAUAAUACAUUUUAUUGUAUUCUGUUUUUCGAAAAUAAAUAUUUAAUUUAGAAUUCUUUUUUAGUAUUUCAGUUGUAAAUUGUAUUUUUAUUAUUAUACGCCAAAUUUCCCACCAUUUUUCAUAUUGCGAAAUUUCCCAAAAUCAACCCUAAAAUCGAAUCCUUACUUCUCGGUACAAAUUCCAUCGCUCAGUUUCUGUCCGAGUCUCUGUCGGCCUUGACUCAGCCGCCAAAGCACUGCCGGCACACACUUUGCUUGUAUUUCUGAAGGCUAUGGAGGCAAACACAGUGCAAAAUAACCACGAAGAUGAUGAAGAAUAUGUAUUACUUGAUCUUGAUGGUGUUUCUGGGCAACUCGACAUCCCACCAAAUGCACCAUAUGUUCUAACUGGUUUGGACACAUUGAAUCCAAUAUUGAUCAUAGAUGGCAAAUUGAAGCUGAUAGGAAAUUAUGAAGAAACAAUUGGCACAUGCCUUGUCUUCACAGAAGAAGAUACUGGACCUGUGGUUCAUGAAGAAACAGGACCAUCAGAGGCUAACCUUUUCUCAGGCAAAUGCAUAAUAGAUCCAAACCAAGCUCCAAAAAAGCAAGUAAAACCAGUCACCCGCCUGAAUAAGAUUCUGAGAUUUAAAUUGGCUCCUGAUGCUGACACUCAAGAUGCAACAAGCGACCAAACUUCCUGAGUAAGAGUUUGAGCUUGCGGCAGCAUUUCGCUGGUCAAAAUGGUGAGACAUAUAAAUAUAGCUGCUGUUGUAAUAUAAAUUGCUUUUCUUCUACCUGGUUAUGAAAAAAGUUCAAUGCACAAAGUUCAAUUUUGUGGUCCACUCAACAUUACAAAUGUUUGAUUUGAUUUUGUCCUACAUAACAAUACCAAUGUAUAGAUUGAGAUCCCAACAUUCAAAAUUACCAAUAAUGAAGUGUCAGUCUGUAUAUAAAUACAUACAUACUCAUACGCAUGUUUUUACACUAACCAACAUUGCAGUUUAAAUCUUUAUGUGUUUCUGUGUA